AUAACCCUACCUGACACAUACACGUAUCUACACGUUCGUCUCCUGAUUUUCUUGUUGAAAAGAACCAGAAAGCAUAUAGUCAGUGUAUAGAUAACGCUUAAUUAUUUCAUUACGAUGGAUAUUUAAUUAUAUUUCCAACAUUAUCGUUUAAAUUUUUUAAAUAAUCAAUAAUAAUUUGAAUGAAUAAUCAAAAUGUCAGAUUUCCGAAACUGGGUUAAUUCAUUACCAAUAUUCACGAGAUAUUGGUUAAUGCUGACUAUUGGCUUAUCAUUAAUUGGAAGAUUUGGACUUGUCUCGUCGCAAUUGUUGACAUUACGCUAUGAUAAUCUGAUCCAUAAUUUUGAAAUUUGGAGAGUAGUUACUAGUUUGUUUUAUUAUCCAUUACAUCAAGGUACAGGAUUUCAUUUUAUGAUUAAUUGUUUUUUCCUCUACCGAUAUUCAUUAAAACUUGAACAAGAGGAAUUUAUUGGAAGGCCGGCUGACUAUUUUUUUAUGCUCAUCUUCAAUUGGAUGUGUUGCGUUGUGAUUGGUUUAAUUGUAAAUCUUCCUUUGUUAAUGGACCCCAUGGUAAUCAGCGUUUUAUAUGUUUGGUGUCAACUUAAUCAGAAUGUUAUCGUCAAUUUUUGGUUUGGUUCAAGAUUUAAAGCAAUGUACUUACCUUGGGUUUUAUGCGGAUUUAAUUUGAUUCUAUCCGGUAAUGGAGUAUUGGAGCUUAUAGGAAUUUUAGUGGGAAAUCUUUACUUUUUCCUUAAGUUUAAAUAUCCACACGAGUAUGAUGGUCCAGAAUUGUUAAAUACACCAAAAAUUUUAGAAAAAUACUUCCCAGUACAAAGAGUAAACAUAGGAGGGUUCUCUGAUAAUAAUGUAAAUAACCGGGCUCAACUACAAUUAAAUAGGUAUAUUUUUGGUGGUCACAAUUGGGGUCGAGGUCAUGUUUUAGGGCAGUAACUAUUCAAAUUAAAAGUUGAUAAUAUAUUAUAUUUAAUGUUAAUAAUACUAAGCUACAACAGCUUGAUUGUACAGUGAAAGCUGUUAAAAGUUACUGUAGUUCUGUUUCAAUUUCUCAUAAAACGCUAACAAGAGCAAAAAAGACAACCUGGGUAAUUUUUAACAGCUUUCACUGUAUGUCACUUAUUUUUUACGUUAUUGAAUAAUGAAAAAUAAUUUUUUUCAUUAACUUUU